AUGUUAGAGAAGAAUGAUGUGUCUCAUCUGGAUGCUAUUUGCGCGCUGCAUUGGGCAUGCUACUGCGGCCAUCCGGAGUUGGUAGAGACUUUGCUGAACAUCGGUUGCGACCCGCACUACCCAGACGAUAUUAACCUGGAAACGCCCAUUUACUUCGCUAUCAGGGGAUCGAACGUCCCGAUCGUCCAGAUGCUGGUGCAGCGCUUCGGCACGGAGUUGCUAUGCCACGAAAAUCGCAAGAGGCUCACUCCGUUCUUGCUCGCAGCCUCGGAGUUUGUGGAGGAUAAUGUAAUAUCGACUUUGCACAUGCUGGAGUUUCUGUAUCUGUCGGGUGUUUCCUUGGAGGAACAAGACGCAUCGGGACGCACCGCGCUAAUGCUCGCAAGCAGGCGCGGAUGCCAAUUUGUAGCACAAUGGCUACUGAGCCGCGGCGCCAAUCUCGCACACAGAGACCACCUCGGCAACACUGUGCUGCAUCACGCGUGCGAAAGCGGCGACGGGGACACGCUCAGGUUCCUCUGCAAGCAUGGGGCCAUCGGACUCAUUGGCUCCAAGGCGCUCGCAGCAACUGCCAAAGAAGAAACCGCUCUCGGCAUAUGUCUCAUGAAGCGCAGGUUCCUGCAAUAUUCGAUGCUUAAGAUGUGGUCGUGGCAGUAUGCGCUCACGGGGCGCCUGCUGGCCUUCAGGAGCCCAUACCCCAUCUACUACUGGAUCCUGGCAAUGAUAAACCUCGCACUGUAUUGGAGGAUAUAUGCCACAUUGGAAACCACGACGUCAAUACAAUCUGCAAUCGUCGACGUGUGGAUUGUUGGUUGGAUCAUAAGCCAAUGCUUCUGGUUCAUCACCUUCGCCAGCGACCCCGGCAAAGCGCGCAAGAACCCAGUUAUGUCACAGUCGCACAGGACGUCAUCCAACUUCGAAAACGAUAUCAUGAAGGACGCGCCCAUGCUCGGCGGUACCUUCGAAGCGCAGAUGCAGUCGCUGCAGAAGCAACAGGAGCUCAUCAACUACGAACUCUAUCGCAUCAACUGCGACUCAUUCAGACGCAAUUCUUGGGUAGCGCAUGAAGACUUCAGCGGGGAGCUUAGUGAGCCACUCGACCCGUACGGAUACGCGGGAGAGGAUGGACUUGCGCAGCGGGUGCAGGUCUGCAAGGAGGAGGCGCAGAUACUGCAAACGGAGAUGCACGCGCUAUACCCACAAGUCGGUAUGGAAAGGCAGGAGCACUGCGUUUUCGGCUACGCAGAUGCGGUCAUGGGGUCCGUUAGGGACCUCGGCAUCUCUACCGUGUGCAUCACGUGCAACAUGAUCAGGGCGGCGAGGUCGCAUCACUGCGGGACCUGCGGCGUAUGCAUGGUCAGACAGGAUCACCACUGUGCGUGGGUGGACAACUGCGUCGCGAAGGGCAACCAACGUGCAUUCUGCGUGUUCGUCUCAAGCGUAUGCAUCAGCCUGUGCCACACCUACUACGUGAUGUACCUCCACUUUGCGUCUGAAUUUGCGCGCAUGAAGUUCGACUGGAUAUGGGACGGACCCAACAUCGUCUUCGGAGUAGUCGGCAAUGCCGCGUGGCUCGCGUUCGUAGGGUACCUCUGUGUCAGAAUCGCAAGGAACAUGGCCACCGACGUCACAUUCUACGAAUACCUCCGGAAGCCGGAACACAUCAGACACCGUUUCAAGAACCAGGUUCAGGCCACCUUUUGGGACUUCGCAGAUUUGUCACUGCUCAAGGCCAUCGCAAACUGUGGCAGGUUCUGGGUGCCCAGUUGA